AUGGCGAGCUAUUUCAGUGCAUGCCCCGCCGCAAACAUGAGCAGCACUUGGGUGGGCAGAGCGCAGCCAGGUGGGUUGCUGGUGACCGAGAUACCCGUCUACACCCUGAACGCAUUGGGGGCGGAGUCACUUCCGCCGACUGUGGGCACCAAACCGAUGAGGGUGAGGUGUCUGGCCUGCAAGGGCGAGGUCACCACCAGACUGGUCACGGCACUCACACGCAAGACCUACCUGUGCGCCUUGACCUUGUAUAUCUGCAUGAUAAGUGGGGCCUGCUGGCCCUUCAUCUGCCUUCCCUACUUCAUCAACUACAGCAAGACUGUACGGCACUACUGCCCCAACUGUGGAUGCCACAUCGGGAGCUACACCACGUGAUCAUGUGCUGUGUCUCCACACUACCUGCCAUGCUUUCCAUGUCAGCUGCAAUGAA